AUGACAUGGACCUCAUGGACGACGCUCGUUCCGCUCCUCAUCCUCAUCUGCUCCGUCCUGGCAUGGUCCUUUCUUGUCGAGCACAAUUUGGACCGCUUUUGCGAGGAGAAUGCCAGCAUGUUGCUGUUCAGUGCCGCAGUCGUUUGGCUGAUGCGAAGGGCUGUCCAGACACUAUGGAAGCCCGUUCCCGAACUUAUUGGAAUUCUCGGCGUCGACGUCCCAGAUGCACCUGAUGUCAUGCUCGCGGGCAUCGGUGUCGACAAGGCAACCGUCAACUGGGCAAGACCUCAUCCCAACAAGCCCGUCCAAAAGUUUCUGAUACAGGUCAACGGCGUAGUUGUGGGCGAGUCACCAGCGAAUCAAGAGACGGCCAUCACCGUCACCGGACUGAAACCGAGCCACUUCUACAACGUACGCGUCAUCGCCGUUGGUGCAAAUAGCUUCCAGGCCGGCAGUCGGACUGUUCGUCUCCGGACUUUUGGUCGGGAUGGACGGCCUCAGCUGGGCAACUCCCGCCUGCCUCCGAACUUCGAGCCCGAGGAUCAGACCUCCUCGUCCGUACAACGCGAGAACGGCGACGAGGGUACAGCGCCGCGGAGCCCAGUCCCUGGCAUCGAAAGUGCGACGAUACCUGAUGGCGGCCUGACGCUGACGAGAGAAACCAGUGCGGCUGGUCAGGUUCCGCGACGAAAUACAGUUGGCCGCAGAUCCUCGCCGUCGGUUGGGAGCAUGGAUCAGAAGCCGGUGCGCAAGGACAGUACGUCGGAGGCCGAGAUCAGAGGGCUGGGCGAAAAGUUCAGCAGCAUCAAGAAGGAACUCGAGGACACCAUAGCGCUCGUCGCCAAGGAGGAAGAGGACAGCAAGCGGCUGCUGGACGAGCUGGAACAAGAGAAACAACAGAAGAAGGCGGAGCAGAAAAAGAAGGAAGAGCAGACAGAGAAGCUCAAGAAAGAGAUGGGUACGACGGACAGGGCCAUGCGGUCUGCCAUACAGAGGAAAGCGCAGCUGGAAAAGGAGGUCAAGGCAAGACAGGCCGAGCGGUCCCGGUACGAGGACGGCACUGCCAAGAUGGAAAAGCAGAUUCAGGAGAUGCGCAAGGAGAGGGAAAGCUACGACGAACAGAAGGCAGCGAUCGAGGAGGAGAGCGCGGCGAGAAACAAAGAGCUCCGGCAGAGCAACGAGCAGCUGCAGGCCGAGUGCUCCCAGAUGGAGGCCGACCUCAAGGCCAAGAGGGAGCAGGUGAGGAAGCUCGAGGAGGACCGGAAGAAGCUCCCCGGAGGCGAGGACGAUGCAGAGUGGCGCCAGAAGGACUUUGAGCGGCGCCGCGAGUGGGCACGGAGGCAGUCAGAGUGGCUCGCCAAGCUUCACAAGGAAGAGCAGAAGGGCAGGGAGCUCGACAUGAGCCUCAACUCGAUCCACGCCGUCCUGCAACAGAUCCCACAGGCCACCCUCGCCCUCCACCAUCAGGCCAACUCGUCGGGCGCCGAUUUUGAUGUGCCUUCACAGAACCAGCUCAAGCGCCGAAGUCACCACAGCAACUCCCUCUCGAACGUCGGCAUCUCCCCCGCGCCGCAGUACACCGCGCUGGAACCACCCCAGCAGCAACCUGGGUUUGGCGUAAGAGGCGGGCCCCCGCCUGGCCUUGGCCCUCUUCUGCUCGAUCCGAUCCCGCGAUAUGAAGACCACGACGAUGAGGAGUUCAGGUCAUUCAUGGCUGACGCACCGCUCAGCCCCUCGGCGACCAACCUCCUUCCCAGCAACAUCUUCACGGACGACGAGCACGAUGAGCCUGAUAGUCCCGCAUCUGAUUUCGAGCCAACGAGCCCAUUUGUGCCCGCGCAGCCCGCGUCUCCUGUCGAUCACGACCCACAGUCGCCCGGCUCAGGCCGCUCCGCCAGCAUCAUGUCGAGCCCGCACGGGUCGAUGCAGAAUCUCCAGUACUCCUCGUUUCCCAGCGACGAUGCCGAGAGGCGUUCGCUCAAUUCACAUACUGGCAACUUUUCUUCGCCGCUCCCGCCUCCCGGCCAGCCCGCUACGAAUAGGCUGGCGUCCCUCUUCAGCUUCCAGCGGGGAAAGCCUACCAAGCCGCUGGAUGAACCUCCUGAGCUGGGCAGUCUCAAGCCUGGACAGAGCCGAUCCUUCCCACGGCAGCUGGAAGAUCUUGAGAGGGUGCCGAGCCGGCGUCGCAUCAACCUGUCUAGCUUCAAUGUAUUUAAUCGCAACUCGGUGGGACCCGACACCAUGGAUGCCUAUCCAUCGCAGGCCGGCACCACAGGAUUCUCGACCGAGAGCUUUUUGCCUUUUGGGGGCCCGCGGCGGGCUAUGACGGGGGUGUUUGAUCGAGAUCAGAGCAGCUCACGACCGGCCUCGAUCGCGUCUGCAGAUCGACCCCGCCCGUCCACCGACAGCUCGUCCCUCUGGCCGCCACCGGACCAGGCAGGUUUCGGACGGUCACGGCUCGUCUGGUCCCCAGACAAUAACUCGUGGUCGCGGAAUCCGUCUAGAAGACCUUCUCUCCACGGAUCACCCUCGGUUCUCAAGACGACGCUGGCUUCCGCGGACGAUGAGAUUCUGGACGACGAGGCGUUGUUGGACCCUCAAGUCUCGCCGUCUCAAGUCGGCGUCAUCGGAAGACCUGGUCCUACGAAGAAGUCCCUGGCCAAGGCUCUGAACCCCGCGGCCCCGUCCUUCAUGGGCAACAUUUUCAAGCCGAAAGCGGAUAAGGACAGCAGCAGCAAGGAGAAGAAGACCAAGGGCAAGGAGGUGAGGGGAGCCACUGGUGCAGACGACCAGGCGAUGACCCAGCCGUUCUCGGGCAAUGAGUCGGUCGAUGAGCGGUCCGAAUCUCGACAGUCCUUGUCGGUGCAGAGCCGAACGUCCAUCAGCGAAUCGCACGACUCGCUGUCGCUGGAUCAAUCCGUCUCUAACACGCCGUCGGAGUUUAUGUUGAAAGAGCCCACCAGCCCGGAUAAUGUCGUGCGCAAGCUCUUCCGCAAGGGCAGCUCCAGCAAGUUCAGCCUCUCGUCUCGCCUUGGCGGGUCUAAGAAGGGCGGGCCGGGGUCGACAACGACCAACAUCUCGGAGAGGGAGCACCGGUCCAGCUUUGGUGGCAGCGACGACGUCCUAGGCGGUGGCGGCAGUGGCAUCAACGCCGCGGGCGAAGAAUUCCUCGGGAAAAGCUACGAGAGUGUCAACAGCAGCCCGUCCGUUGGAGGAGGAAGCACCAAGGCCAAAGACGGUAGGAUGAGCGGUCGGUGGUUCUCGAUGGGCAAGAAGAAGGAAAAGGGCAGGGAGAGCCUGGACAUUGAGCAUGAGCGGAUGAGCAGUGUGGACACGGAGGCCACUCCUGAGGAGUAGGAGAGAAAGGGGGGGGGGGGGUCGUCUCUGUCUUGCUAGCUCUUUCUUCUCUCAUUUGACUGUCCAGACUGCCUUGUCGAGUAUACCACUCUCACCACCAAAUACAAGCGUUGAUGUGCGCUGUGCAAGAGAGGCAGGGCAUAGACGACUGCCUUUUUCAGACGGCGUAGCUAGCGAAUUAACAAGAAUUGCAUAUC